AUGGCACCGACACCACCACGCGUCCUGUGGAUCUAUCCAUCCCCUCUCCUCCUCUACUCCCUGCUGCUCUUCCUGUCGCCGUGCCGAGCCUUACGGAAUUACCCGGAGAAUGAAGUUACGUUGUUGGACUCCAUGUCAGCUCUGGCCGACCUGGGCUGGGAGGCUUACCCUAAUGAGGGGUGGGAGGAAAUCAGCGUGAUGGACGAGAGGAACACCCCGAUGAGGACGUAUCAGGUGUGUAACGUCAUGGAGGCCAACCAGAACAACUGGCUGAGGACGCGCCACAUCAGCCGGGAAGGAGCGCAGCGCGUCUACAUCGAGAUCAAGUUCACCCUGAGGGACUGUAACAGCCUGCCCGGGGUCCCUGGUACCUGCAAAGAGACAUUCAACAUGUACUACUAUGAGUCCAACAAUGCCAACCUGUGGUUCAUCAAGGAAAGCCAGUAUGUCAAGAUUGAUACCAUUGCUGCAGAUGAGAGCUUUACACAGGUGGAUGUUGGUGACCGCGUCAUGAAGCUGAACACAGAAGUGCGCGACAUCAGCAACCUGAGCAAAAAGGGCUUCUACCUGGCCUUCCAGGACCUGGGCGCCUGCAUCGCUCUGGUCUCUGUCAGGGUCUUCUACAAGAAGUGUCCCGUCACUGUGCUCAACUUGGCCCAGUUCCCCGACACGAUAACGGGCGGAGACACGGCGCUGGUGGAGGUCCACGGUGCGUGCGUGAAUGCCUCGGAGGAGUUCGAGGCUCCCAAGAUGUACUGCAGCGCCGACGGAGGCUGGCUGGUUCCCAUCGGGAGAUGUGUGUGCAAACCGGGCUUUGAGGAGAACAAGGACGUCUGCCAACCCUGCAGACCUGGCACCUACAAAGCAUCAGCCACGGACGCCUACUGCACCAAAUGCCCUCCUCACAGCUCGUCCCCACAGGAACAAGCAGUGGAGUGUGUUUGUGAGAAAAGCUUCUACCGCGCUGAGAACGACCCACGCUCGAUGGCCUGCACACGUCCCCCGUCUGCUCCAGAGAACCCAAUCUCCACAGUGAACGAGACCUGUGUGACUCUGGAGUGGUCUCCGCCCAGAGAGACAGGAGGCCGAGGGGACAUCACCUACAGCCUGCACUGCAGGAAGUGCUCUGGCGACGGCAAAAAGUGUGCUCCCUGUGGUAGCAGCGUCCAUUUUGUCCCCAGGCAGUUUGGUCUCUCCUCAGCCAUGGUGCUGGUCACUGACCUGCAGCCGGACUCCAACUACAGCUUCACUGUGGAGAGCCAGAACGGAGUGUCAGAUUUAAGUCCAACGCCAAGAGGAACAGUCGUCAUCAAUGUCACCACGUCCCAAACAGUGAGCGUCGUGCUGAAGGAGAGGCGGAGCAAGGACAGCGUGACUUUGGCCUGGCAGGGGCCAGAGAGGCCCAACGGAGCAAUAGUAGAGUAUGAGGUCAUCUAUUACGAGAAGAAUCAGCGGGAGCAGAACUAUACGGUUUUGAAGACUCGCUCCAACAUGAUGACAGUGGACGGACUGAAGCCAGGCACCACCUACGUGUUCAGGGUCAGGGCUCGAACCGACGGAGGCUACGGCAGCUACGGUGGAGAGAUCGAAUUGGAAACCAGCCACGAAGAUGUGCUGGCUAUCGGGGACCCCAACCAGUCCACCAUCCUGGCCGUGUCCAUCGCUGGAGGAAUCGUCCUCCUCAUCUUCCUGGUGACUUGCUUCAUUGUCAGCGGCAGGCAUUGUGGAUAUAUCAAAGCCAAGCAGGACCCCGAUGAGGAGAAGAUGCAGUUCCAGCACGGCCGAGUUAAGCUUCCAGGCAGCAGGACCUACAUCCAUCCUCACACCUACGAAGACCCCAACCAGGCUGUAAGAGACUUUGCCAAAGAGAUCGAUGCUUCCAAUAUCCGCAUAGAGAGAGUCAUUGGAGCUGGAGAGUUUGGGGAGGUGUGCAGCGGCCGGCUGCGUGUGCAGGGAAAGAGGGAGAUCUACGUGGCCAUCAAGAGUCUGAAGGCGGGAUACUCUGACAAACAGAGGAGGGACUUCCUGUCCGAGGCCUCCAUCAUGGGACAGUUUGACCAUCCGAACAUCAUCAGGCUGGAAGGCGUCGUGACGAGAUGUAAACCAGUGAUGAUCAUAACAGAGUUCAUGGAAAACGGAUCCCUGGACACUUUCCUCAAGAAACAUGACGGCCAGUUCACGGUGAUCCAGCUGGUCGGCAUGCUGCGCGGUAUCGCCUCCGGUAUGAAGUACCUGUCAGACAUGAGCUACGUUCACAGAGACCUGGCAGCUCGGAACAUCCUGGUCAACAGCAACCUGGUGUGUAAGGUGUCGGACUUUGGCCUGAGUCGGGUUCUGGAGGACGACCCAGAAGCUGCCUACACUACAAGGGGAGGGAAGAUCCCCAUCAGAUGGACGGCUCCGGAGGCUAUAGCGUACAGGAAGUUCACCUCAGCCAGCGAUGUGUGGAGUUACGGUAUCGUCAUGUGGGAGGUGAUCUCAUAUGGAGAGAGACCCUACUGGGAGAUGUCCAACCAGGACGUUAUCAAAGCAAUAGAUGAGGGCUACCGUCUUCCCGCUCCAAUGGAUUGUCCUGUGGUGCUGCACCAGCUCAUGUUGGACUGCUGGGAGAAGGGACGGAGCGACAGGCCAAAGUUUGGACAGAUUGUCACAAUCCUCGACAAGCUCAUCAGAAACCCUGCCAGCCUCAGGGAGCUGGCCAACAGCUCAGAAUGCAGGGAGGACCUGUCCCCCCCAGAGUUCAGCGUAAACACAGUGGAUGAGUGGUUGGAGGCCAUCAAAAUGGGCCAGUAUAAGGAGAACUUUUCCAGUUCUGGAUACGUCAGCUUGGACUCAAUCCUCUACAUCAGUGUCAGUGAAUUGGCUAAGAUGGGCGUGACUCUGGCUGGCCACCAGAAGAAGAUUUUAUCCACUGUCCAGAGUCUGCAGACCCAGGGGGCGCACGUCCAAGUAUAA